UGAAGUGCCUAGAAGCUUCUGACAUAGAGGAGACAUGUUGAGUUUGUUUCGGUGCUAAUGUGGGGGUAAUAGAGGGAGACUGGGCUUAGUUCGGAUUUGAGCCCAAAGCAAUGCAUCAUUUAGCAUGAUGAAUGCAAACGUCAGGCUAAUUGUGUCGCAUUGGAGCCGACGUGCGUCAGGCAUGAGAGGGUUUCAAAUGAGCAGAAAUUAAGCGUUACUCUGGAGUCUGUUUACCCUUAAAGCCAAUACCCUGUUCUUUAACUAAACUCUAGUGAAUAACACCACCUCAGUUUUGUAAAGAAUGGUGACACGAGAUCUCAGAGCUAGAGAGAGAGAGACUGAGAGACAGAGAGAGCGAGCUCCUAAUUCUCACAUUCUGUUCUUAUAUUCAUAACGUUACCUGUUGCCGAUCCGACAGCGCUUACAUUAAGAGAGAAUUUGGCUCUAUCAGAAUGGUUAAACAGACACUCACUCGCUCCACACUGGACUCAGAUCUACCAGACGUCACAUCACUGAACUUGCUGGAUCAAGAAUCAGCUCCUAAGAAUAAAGAACACACUCCAGUCUCUCCCAAGGGCCCUAUGAGAAAAGUAUGUAUUCAGUCCCUUAAAAAGCGGGUCACUGCAGUGCCCACAGAAACGAACAAGAUGGAGAGAGAGGGGAUGCCUUUGGGAUUCCCAGACUCUGUGUACAUUCAUGCUGCAGCUAUUUUCCAGAAAACUCAUGUGGAGAAAGACCUCGCACACCGACUCGUUCGCUAUAGGAGCAUCAGUUCUAAAGGCGAUGAAGAUUCUGGGGUUGUUGACGACAGUGAUGCCAACACCAAGACGAAUGAGCACUGGGCGUAUGAGCUGGCGUUUAACACUCUGAAAUACCAAGAUCUUCUGGAGGAGAUCCUGAUUGACAGCUACUUUCACCGUUCUCAGCAAAUGCCAGAUGAUCUUAUGGCUCUUGUGGUGGUCAUACUCUAUGACCUCCUGGACAGGAAGUUCCAGCCCAGAGAGCCAAUGAAAAGAGCAGAAGAGGGACUAAUAAAGGAAGUGAGACGAGUGGAGGACAGCCUUUGUAGGUUCAAGACCAAACUGGAAGCUUCACUGGCUCAGUACAGAAUAAAACAGAAUUUGCUGACAGUUGACAGUUUCCUGCCACCAGUUGUGAGGAUUAAACAACAAAGGUCACAAACAUUACCGCUCUAUGCCUGGGUCAACACCCUCAAAGCCAGCAUUGAAAAUGUAUGUGAGACUCUGAAGACAUCAGGCUUUACUCAGGUCGACUCACAAACGCCCCUGGUAGGAAAUGUGUUCUGUAAGGACAAACACUGUUCCAAUGUACUGCUGUUUCCCAGACGGCUCUCAAAACAACUGGAGAAAACCAACCUAGUGACAGAACACACACUCAUAAUACAGGAUAAAUCUCGCAGUCUGGCAGCAUGUGCGAUUCGCCCGCUGUUGGUGAAGAAUGGAGACGUUCUGAUGGUGGGGUCUUUCUCUGCUCUGACCGUGGCUCACGUGGCUGUCCAGGCCGCUGCCUGUUCUGGCUGUGUACAUGUAUGUGGGGUCCUUAAUGUCUCCACCUUCAACAAUGAAUUACAAACCAUCCUAACCUCUACUGCCUGCAAAAAUGUGAAACUGAUGUCUGAGUAUUUCAGUGAACUUAAUGAAUGGGAUUUGCGUAUUCAGAAGGUUCGGGUGAUCGUGUUGCUCCCAAAGUGUUCUGUGUCAGCACUUUGUAACCCUGUUGAGUUUAUCCUCGAUGAGAGUGGAGACAGAGGGCUGCUGCAUGGCCUAUCUAAAGGAAUCAUCUCUGAGAGUAAACUGGACACACUGGUUGCCAAGCAGAAACAAGACCUCAACCAUGCACUCACCUUUCCUAAGGUGAAAGCUGUGAUGUACUGCACAUGCUCAGUAUAUCCAGAGGAGAAUGAAAGACUUGUGAAGAGAGCGCUUGAGAACGCAGACAGCAAAGCAAAAGCUGUGCCCUUCAGGCUGGUCAGUGCAGGAUGGGAUGAUGAGGAAGAGAAGUUUUUCAGAACUCAAGCAUCUGACGUCACAAAUGGCUGUUUCCUCUGUGUGAUGAAAAGAGAGCAAGACCCAGCAGAGGUAGAAACUGUGCAGAAUAUUUUAGCACGAGCUGCUGCUAAAGGUUUGUUGGGGGGGCUGCUGCCUCCUGACCCUGUGAACAGAGAGAAACCAAAAAAGAGAAAAAAACAAAAAGGAUCCAAACCAAUUCUUCCGCCUUCCUCCCUGAUUGAGCCUCCUGCAUCGGUGAUGAUCAGUUGGAGUCCUCAACCUGACGGUGUGCUCACCAAUACCAUCACCCAGACAGCAGACGAUUCAAAUCACACUUCCAGAGUCCUGAAUGACAGCUCCACAAUCCUAGAUCAUGCUUCAAGUCAAAAAUCUGCAGUUAUGGAUGCCACAUCUAGCACUUCAAAUCACUCCAGUGUUCUAGACCACUCAUCCAACAAUAAAAAUCAGCCUCCUGUUGUGCAAAAGAUGCGACCAAAAGGUCAUAAGCCUCGAGCUAAAGUUGCUAAGCAGUCCAAGAGAAAAAAGUCUAAGUCCCACACUCGUAAAGAACGUCAGAGCAGGUCUCGACCUCCGCGCAAGAGACUCCUGCACCUUCGGCCAUCUCAACACGCAACCAUUACCUCCAUUAAACCAUCUCCACCUCAGAGCAAACCCGUCGCCGUCAGAAGCCCAGUGUCACCGCACAGAUCCAGGCAUUUGCACAGCAGAGCUGCGUCUCAACAAGAGUCUGUUAAACCAAAAAAGGAAAUCAUCAAAUCAGAAGCCUUCAAGCUAGACAGGGGGGACAUCCGGUCAAGAGAAUUAAGUCUUCCUCCUGUUUAUCCCCGCAGUCCUUCACAUCUCUCUUCAUCCCCCUAUCGAUUGUACUCCUCCAUGUCUUCUCCUGUACUUCUCCAGCAGUCUUUCCUCUUCUAGCAGCAUUGCCAAAGGCAGAGACUCCAUGACUGAUCUAAUGACUAAAACAUUAUAAUUGAUUUAAAGGGUUAGUUCACCCAAAAAUGAAAUUUCUGUCAUUAAUUACUCACCCUCAUGUCGUUUCAAACUCGUAACUUCAUUCAUCUUUGGAACACAAAUUAAGAUAUUUUUGAUGAAAUCCCAGAGCAAGGGUAUUACCACGGUCAAGGUCCAGAAAGAAGACCAAGAACAUCAACAAAACAGUCCAUGUGACAUCAGUGGUUCAACCGUAAUUUUAUGAAGCGACGAGAAUAUUCUUGUGCUCAAAGAAACCCCUUAAAAUAAUGACUUUAGGGGUCAGAAAGCUCUCGGAUUUCAUCAAAAAUAUCUUAAUUUGUGUUCCGAAGAUGAACUAA